AUGACGGUCGGCCAUGGACGGACCCAGCCAUUACAGCGUCAUAUUACUGCCGACGGAAUCGAGAUAUGGGUACCUGUUCCCGAGGUGCCGGUUUAUGGCCCGAUGGUGGACACCGACGUCGAGAAUGAGUCGAGCGACGAUAGAGUCUACCGACUGAUCGACGAGUACGAGAGUCAGGAGUCAGAGCCGAGCGAGGAGACAGAGCCGAGGGAGGAUAUGGAGUAUGUCAGUCUAUAUUCCUACUGGAAAGGUUUCUUUUCCUCACUAUUAUCCAUUGGAAUUUUUGUUGUGGGAGCAUUGCUGGUUGUUGGUUAUCUUUAUCACAGUUCAGGUAGCAGGAGUGGUGACAUAAAUAGUUUAAGUAGACUUGAAGGUGGUGUUUCUUGUACUCUAGAAGUUCAGAAAAUAAUACCUAUUCUGAAGAAAACAUAUGGUGACAGCAUGAAAAAGGUAUUGCAUGUUGGUCCUGGAACCUGCUCGGUGGUCUCUCAAUUAUUGAAACAAGAGGAUACAGAAGUCUGGGGUAUAGAGCCUUAUGAGUUAGAUGAUGCUGAUGCCAGCUGCAAGAAUCUAGUUCGCAAAGGCAUCGUGCGAGUGGCUGAUAUCAAAUUUCCCCUUCCGUACAGGCCUAAGACAUUUUCCCUCGUCAUAGUUUCAGAUGCAUUGGAUUACUUGUCUCCUAAGUAUCUUAACAAGACUGUUCCACAGCUAGCGAGGGUAGCUUCUGAUGGCUUAGUUAUAUUAUCUGGUUACCCAGGUCAGCAAAGAGCUAAAGUGUCGGAGCUUUCCAAGUGGGGGCGCCCGGUAAUUGUCAAAAUUUAUUUUAUUUUUGGCACUUAUUAAUAGGCUUUUUUUCUUCAAAUACCUGACGAAAUGACUAUAAUCCCAAUGCUAUUUGUAUCUAUACAUAUGCAAGUGUUUAUAGCUGAUCAGUCUAUGAAAAAUCUUACAACUUAUAGAAAA